UCUGGGACUGAAAGUGAAAGCUCUCCCCGGGCCGGGACACUCUGCUGCCGGCGGUUGUGCAGGAUGUUUUCCCCGGGCUGCGGGCCGUGUCCCUGGGCUCUCUCCCUCUCGCUGGCUCCGGCUCUGUUCCACCUGCUCCUCUCUCCGCUGCUGCCGCCGCUCUGGGAGCCUCUGGCCCCGGCUCUGCUUGUACCGGGGGCCCUGGCUCUGGGUCUGAUCCUCGGGCCUCGGCUCGGCUCUCUGCGGGGCCCCGUGCUGCUUUACACGGCCUGCUCCAGCCUGCUGCCCCCGCUCCACCGCCUCCUGCUCGGGGCCCCGGGCCUGGGCCUCUCCUGGCCGCUCCUCCUGCUCUCACACUCGGCCUCGGGCCUGGCUCUGGGGAUGCUGGAGACGGUGCUGCCGGGCCCGGGGGAUCGGCUGGUCGGAGCGGGAGCGGGAGAGGCCCCGGCCCCAGCCCCGGGCUUCCACCGCCGCAUCGGCCGCCGCCUCCUGACCUUGUCCCGCCCGGACCUCCUCCCACUGAGCGGGGCCUUCACCUUCCUCGCACUGGCUGUGAUCGGGGAGAUGUUUAUUCCCUAUUACGCGGGGAAAGUGAUUGAUUUGCUGAGCUCUCGCUAUGACCAUCGAGCCUUCCUCAUCGCCAUUUUCUUCAUGUUUAUGACGUCCAUGGGAGGCUCCAUUUCAGCAGGUCUCCGGGGAGGGCUCUUCAUGUUCACCAUGUACAGGCUCAACAAACGGGUUCGAAAUCAGCUCUUCUCUUCCCUGGUACAGCAGGAAAUUGGCUUCUUUGAGGCAACUCGGACUGGUAACAUCACCUCGCGCCUCUCCACUGACACCACACUCAUGAGUCGUUCCAUCGCAGCCAAUGUGAAUAUCUUACUGCGUAGUUUGGUGAAGACAGUCGGGAUCCUUUUCUUCAUGUUCUUCCUCUCGUGGCAACUCACCUUGCUAAUGUUUAUAGAGUCUCCCCUCACCAUAAUCAUUCAGAAGCUCUAUAAUAAGUAUCACAUGACGCUGGUCCAAGAGGUGCAGGAUUCCAUCGCUAAGUCAAACCAACUGGCCGGAGAGAUCGUUUCAGGGAUAAGAACAGUCAGGAGUUUCGCUACUGAGCACGAGGAGUCGGAACUGUUCGAGGAGAAGCUCCAGGCAACACACCAACUCAAGACCAAACGGGAUAUUGUUAGAGCGGUGUAUCUAGUGUGUCUCAGGCACGUACAGCUUGCCAUGCAGCUGAUCAUGUUGUACUGUGGACAGUACCUGAUACACAGAGGACAGAUGAGCAGUGGGAAUCUUGUUGCUUUUAUAAUAUACCAAACGGAUUUUGGAGUUUAUGUGCGGACCUUGGUUCACAUGUACUCCGAGAUGAUUCAUUCAGUGGGAGCAGCAGAGAAAGUCUUUGAAUAUCUAGAUCGGAAGUCCAGUGUUCCGACUGAUGGGAAACUCGUAGUCGAGAAACUGAAAGGACAUGUGAAAUUCCAGAACGUGUCCUUCUCCUACCCAACAAGACCUGACAUCCAGGUCUUAAAGAAUGUGUCCUUUGAGCUGAAGCGUGGAGAGAUCACAGCCCUGGUGGGUCCCUCUGGUGGGGGGAAGACUACCUGUGUGGCUCUGCUGGAGCGAUUUUAUCAACCACAGUCUGGAGAGAUAUUGCUGGAUGGGAUACCAAUUGAGGAAUAUGAACACAAAUAUUAUCAUAACAAGUUGGGUCUCGUGGGACAGGAACCUGUACUGUUUGCCCUCUCGGUCCAGGAGAAUAUCUGCUACGGCCUCCCAAACUGCCCAAUGAGUUCCGUCAUUGCAGCAGCUCAAAGAGCCAAUGCUGAUGUAUUCAUCAAGAGACUGGAGCAUGGAUACAACACAGAUUUAGGAGAAGCAGGUGGACAGCUCUCUGCCGGAGAGAAGCAGAGAAUAGCCAUUGCCCGAGCCCUCAUCCGACAGCCAGAGAUACUCGUGCUGGACGAGGCCACCAGCUCACUGGACGUGGAGAGUGAGCACACGAUCCAGCAGACCUUAUCGAGGGACACGGGGCAAACCAUUCUGGUCAUUGCGCAUCGCCUGAAGACUGUGGAAAAGGCUGAUAAGAUCAUUGUGAUUGACAAUGGGAAGGUGGUGGAAGCGGGAAAACAUGAGAAAUUACUGGAACAAAAAGGCUACUAUUUUCGCCUGCUGCAGAGACUGUCUCAUAAUGGGGAACAGGAACAUGCUCAGUUUUAACAAAACUGUGCAGAAUAACACAGAUCAGGACCAUGUUAAGCACACUGUGGAGCACCUGAGUGCAGAGGGCUGAGGCUCAUUGAUGCAAGUCACCCUCCUCUUAAAUCCAUAUGCCCUUAAUUUUACAGUUUUAGUCUCUUCUGUUUUGUUUCUGUGCAUUUUGAAUGGAUCUACUGCUGUAAUCACUAACGGAGCCAACACUGUUAAGUCUUGUAAUUAGAAAUAGGCAAGUAAACCACGUUUCAGUUACUUUGUA